GUAAACAAUGGCGGGAUCUGCGAUAGAUACUCCUCAGUUAAUCGACACAGUUCCAGACAGUUUGGAGUUUGACAAUAAUAUUGAAUCAACUGAAGUUGAAGUAAAUUCGACAGAAGCUCAAAUUUCCAACAGUGAACCUCAAGAAAAACUUAUAAAGCUUCCCUUAUCUCGUAUUAGAAGUAUUAUUAAAACUGAUACCGAUGUCAAAAUCGCAAGUCAGGAGGCAGUUGUAGCUCUUGCUAAAGCUGCGGAACUUUUUAUUCAAAGCUUAGCUAAAGAGGCUGCCAUUCGAACACUGAGGGAGAAAAGAAAAACAGUUUUACGGAAACACUUAGAUACUGUAUUUGAAACAAAAGACUGUUAUUCAUUUUUGGAAGGUGUAUUAGAAAGCUUUGAAGACUGACAGAAUAAAAGCCAUUCUUUCAAAAAAAGUUUGUUUAUUUAU